AUGGAGAAAAGUAGACGAUUAGGGAGUUGUUCCGAAUCUCAACAAGAAUCAGUUCAUCCAUUUAUCGAUCAACUUUAUCAAGAUUUUCGACAACAUUUCCAGCCAAAAUGGAAUGGAAAAAGAGCGCAAUUUGUUGAACAACAUCUUGGAUUGCAGACUUGGCAUUGCAACUCAAAGCGCUCAACCAUAAUCAAAAUGGGGAAAGGAUUGAGUGAUGAUGUUGAGAGAUAUUUAGUCGAACAUCAAGUUGCUGAGCUGUACGCAAGAAUUGCAACGGAUCGUCUACGUGGGGAUCAUUUGAAUGAGAUGCCGAUUGGACUACGCAAAUUGAGAGAACACAUUCGAUCAGAGAUCUACUCGAAUUAUUGGAAAUGUCAAAACGACGGUGUUUAUAUUGGUGGUGAUGUUUGCAAUUGUAAACCAUAUUUCUAUGGAAUUGUUUGCGAGAAUCGAAUCUGUAUGAAUGGUGGACACAAUUAUGGCAAUGAUCCGACACAGAGAUGCGUUUGUCCUCCCGGUUUUAUUGGGAGACAUUGUGAACCAAGAUCAUGCUCUGGUGAUGGAAAAACCUUGAGAACUUUUGAUCCAAGAGACAAUUCGAUGAUAAGUGUCUCCUAUGUGCUCUCAUGGACAAAUGAUAUAGCAAAAAAAGCACAAGGGAAUCCAAAUGAUCAAGUAAUUCAAGGAAUUUGUUCUGUUUUUGAUCAAGGGAUUGCUGAGGUUUAUAUCUAUAUAGCUCCAGGAGUUAGCAGCAAGAGAUUCGAACAAAAAGCUGAUUGUGAUGCUUUUCUCAAGGAGAUUCUGGGAAAAUGUUCGAAUAAUGGGAUUUGUGAAUUGACAACAAUCAAAGGAGAAUAUAUUCAAAAAGCGAUUAGCGAGUCUUUUCCUAAUUCACCGUUGACUCAAAACUCAAGUGGAAGCACCGGACUUGUGCCAUUGUAUUGUGGAGAUGCGAUUUAUGAAUCAAGCAAUAAUCAGAUUCGUUUCAAAAAGGAGAACAUGAAUCAAAUGAAGAUUUUGAUGAAUGCUGAGAAAGUUCAAGAGAAUUUUGUUUCUGAUGAGAUUUGCCAACAUGGAUCACUGUAUAAGAACUCAUGUGCUUGUAAUAUUGGUUGGAUGGGUGCCUCUUGUGAUGUGCCCGAUUGUCAGAAUGAUGGCAAAGUAAAUGCAGGAGGGACUUGUGAUUGUCCUGAUUGGACAAGUGGUCUUUUCUGUGAAAAAAUUCUAAACUCUAUUUGUGAUCCGGUAAACACGUUUGCUGAAUGGCGCACACAAAUCGGUUCUCUUAUCUUUGUCAUCGAGGAAUCUCUCGACGUGCAGAUGAAUGUGCAAAGUUGGAUUGAUUCGCUGAAAGGAAUGAAUCGAUUAUCUUUAACGAAUUCGUUUCAAGCUUCACAAAUCGUUCUUGUAACUUACUCGGAUUUGUUGGUUACCGCGAGAUUCGCAAGCAAUGAUCCACGUGGAAUUGUUCCAGCAUUUCAAGACAUUCAAUGGAUCGAGAAAAUGAAUGGAGUGAAACAAGAAGAGGCUUUGAUAACUGGACUGCAAUUACAGCUUUAUAUUCCGACAAUGACUUCAAAAGUUUUCAUCUCCACACAAUCACUCACUCCAAUUAUCAACCCAGCAGAUCCUUACAUCUUGGAAGAAAUCGAUUCCAGCAUUUUUUCGAUUAAUGCCACUGAACUUGGCGGGAAUCAUUUAAACAUUACUUUCACGGCAGAUCUUAAUGCAACUAUGUGCAGUUAUUCAAUUGAAACGCUCAAUGUUGAGCAAAUCGCUUAUGGAGUGACGGAUGAGUUGAUGAAAGAGGCAGAUAUGGGCAAUUUAAUGAUGCCGAAUGGUGAUCACUGGCUGAACAUUCGAUGGAGUGGAAUUGAUGAGUACCGUCAGUACACAUUUGAUGCGAAUGAUUCCUAUCAAAAUGUUCAACAAUGGCCUGUUUCCACGAAGAAUGACGACUAUCAAAUCGAUUGGUCAAUUCCUGGAAAGAACACAAUUGCUAUUGUUCUCAAUUCAACCCAAUGCACAUAUCGAUAUUCUCCAAAAAUUCUCUGCGCUUGCGACUCUCAAGUGUUCAAUCCACAGAAAAGUCACGAAUGCGAGUGUUCCCCAGAAUUGCAUGCAAAGUCGGCGAGUGAAAGCUCGUUUCAAGCCACUUACAGCGCCUCUUGUCUUCGUUCGUACAACCAACGAAAGUGUUUAAACGUGAAUUUCCCUAGAAAGUUGGAAGCUCUAAAGUUUUUCCUUCUCCGUGAAGGGAUCCGUACUGGUCAUCCAACAGGCUCAUUUGAUGUUUACACCUUCAAAAAUCAGUUAGUUGUCCAUCACAAUAUGGUCCGUGCUAGACAUGGCUGUUCAGCUCUUCAACGGGAUUACUCGAUGGAUUCAGUUGCGCAAAGAUGGGCUGAUAGUUUAGCUGCGAAUGAAGAUUGUUUGAUGCAUGAAAGACCAAAGAAUUACGGUGAGAAUCUCUUCUUUUUCGGUGCUCGUCACCUGGUUUCUCCGGAUCUUUUCGCUGAAGCGGUCACUCAAAGUUUUUAUCAAGAGGGAAUUGGAUAUGAUUAUGAUAGAUUCUAUCCUGGUGGUUAUCAUCGCGUUGGCCAUUUCACUCAACUCAUUUGGAGAUCAACGAAGCGAAUGGGAGUUGGGAUUGCGAUUCGGACAUCAACUGGAAGGGGAAGAUGCAUUCGCCAGUCCGGUCUUCCACUUGUCUAUGUCGUUGUCAAAUAUGAUCCAAUGGCCUACGUUUUGGAAGCUGUUAAAACUCAUUUUGGUCGUCUUGAACAUUUUGAUCAAAAAUACGAUAAAAAACAAAUGGAACAAGUGCAAUUGGAAAGGAAAAAAGCACAGAAAAGGAAAGAACGGAUAAAAUGUGAUAGAAUUGGAAUCUCCAAUUGUUUUGCGUUUUCGAAAGCUGAAAUGGAGCUGAUUAAAAUUCUCGAUGAAGACCAAUAUGAUAUGCUUUUUUGGAUUUUGGUCGAAGAUGAUUUAAAGGGAAAACCGACAUUUGAUCUCUCUCUCUUUCAACAUAAUACACUUGAAGAGAAAAAGCAAUUCGAUCAAUAUGUGACAACGAUUGUUGAUGUCAUAAGAAUAUCACCGGAUAAAUUGGAAAAUGCCAAAGAUGAACUU